AUAGUACAAAAUGGACAGAUUCUACAACAAAGACGACGUGAAAAACAUAAUAGAAUUGCUGACACAAGAGAGAGUUGAAAAAGACAGGAUGCACCUAUCGAGAGUACUGAAGGACAAUGAAUUCGUUAAGUCGGCAUCCAUCAAGAGAGACGAUGAGGCAGGGGUAUGGAGGAUCAUCAAGCAGUCCGAAGAUGAAGGAACGAUGGAAGAAAUGGUAUUCACUAUCACAGGGGCCAUAUACGUGAUGGACCUGCCACUGGUGGCAAAGGAGAUGAGGGCACAGAAGGAGAAGGUCAGGUUCUUGAUCAUGGGCGAACGAGAGUUCAGAGAUGGAGAGCUCGAACACUGGAAGCCAAUGUCAAUGAAAGGAUUGGAUGUUAUAGAGUUGUCUAACCGAUACUUUAAACUGUGCAACUCCAUGAACAAUGAGGAAGGCAUACCUUUUUCAAACAACAUUGAUCCUGCAGGUAUACUUGCCAAGAUAGUGCAGUGA